AUGGCGGGGCUCGCAUCUUCCUGCGGCGCUUGCAAGUUCUUGAGGAGGAAAUGCGCCGAAGGGUGCGUUUUCGCUCCGUAUUUCAGCUACGACCAGGGUGCAAUCCAUUUCGCGGCUGUCCACAAGGUGUUCGGAGCGAGCAACGUCUCCAAGCUUCUGUCCCACCUGCCGGUGCAACAUCGCAGUGAAGCCGCUGUCACCAUCUCCUACGAGGCCCAAGCGCGGAUGAGGGAUCCUGUUUACGGCUGCGUCUCUCAUAUUUUCGCCCUCCAGCAGCAGGUACCUCCUCUGCAAGCUUAUUAUUUCGUUUGGUCACCCAACGCGUAUAACGGGCAGGAUAUCCGGAUUACGAUGCAGGUUCACGGCCAAAUCUUAGAGUUCGAGUUACAUAGAGAGGGCUAGGUAGAGUUCAUAUUCCAUGGAAACUCGUUUAAAACCUAAUAGAUUAUCAUUCCCGAAUGGUUUUGCGGAGGAAGUAGACGCGAGAUCCUUAAAAGCCUCUCUUUUCCCUUAUUGACACGCGGUCUAAUCGUAGGCUUCGAGUGACAAAGACAAAGAAAGAGCUAGAGGGAUAUCAUAUUCCUAAUGCGGAACACAUCUGAAACCAAUGAAGAAUGUUUAGUGGCACGGCACCAAGAAGGAGCCCACCCCUCGGUGGAGUUCCUACAUAAUGACAACCGUUUCAACAGAUUACCGAAAUUCCUCCUCGCUCCAAACUAUAUGGAAAUCGUUUGGAAAUCAGUAAUGAGAAUGGACGUUAUAGGUUAACUAUCUGAGGACUCUUUCGUAUGAAGGUAAAGUUGACUGGAUGUUCUUGCAGGUUGCGAGUCUUCAAGAGGAGAUUGAAUCUCUCACCAAGCAACUGGCUCAAACAACCGGAGACGACCGGAACCCGAGCCCUCUAGCGUCUGAUGGUAUCUGGGAUUGCUUCCAAGUCUGCAUGCAAGUGGACGAGUUCUCGAAUCAACACACGGGGAAUGCUAGUACCUUGAGUAGCUUUAGUGGGGAGAGUAAGGUUCAAGGACUACCCGCUGUGUACAGAGACGCCAUAGAGAGAUUGGAGUACACGCUGUUCAGCGACUUCACAAAUGAGCCAAACUCAUGGGAAGACCUCUCGGUGGAUAUGCUUGGAGACUUUGCCGUAUGA